AACUAUUUUGAUAUUAUAGUGAUGUGAUGGUGAAUGGUCAUAUAUAAAACAUUAAUGGAGUCGAAAAGGAAACCCAGCUGACGAAGUAACGCGGAAAAUCCUUUUCCUUCCUAUAAAGUGUCCGUUAAUUCAUUCAAUUAGCGCCUUCAUCAUCUCAUUUCUCUAUCCCCAUUCUUUCAAGUCUAAAAGAAGAAACAACAAAACACUUGUUUUCUCUUCCGAAAUGGCUCCCACGCCGACGUCCGAUAGCCGACCCGAAAUCUGUUUUUUCGAUUUGGAGACCACCGUCCCUCAGCGGCGAGGCCAAGGCUACUCCAUUCUCGAAUUUGGUGCCAUUUUAGUUUGCCCCAAGAGGCUCGUUGAGCUCCACAGCUACUCCUCUCUGGUCCGACCCGACGACCUCUCUUUUGUUUCCCCUGCCUCUGUGCGCUGCAACGGUAUCACUCGAGAAGCCGUCGUUUCGGCACCUUCCUUUUCUGAAAUCGCCGACGAAGUUCACGACCUUCUCCAUGGAAGGGUUUGGGCGGGUCAUAAUAUAGUGAGGUUUGAUUGCGUGAGAAUAAGGGAGGCGUUCGAGAAGAUUGGUAGGGCGCCGCCGGAGCCUAAGGGAAUUAUCGAUUCAUUGGCAUUGUUGACUCAAAGAUUCGGAAGGAGAGCCGGUAAUAUGAAGAUGGCAACUCUUGCCAAUUAUUUCGAGAUUGGAGUGCAGUCACACAGGAGCUUGGAUGAUGUUCGCAUGAACCUCGAAGUUGUCAAGUAUUGUGCAACCGUUUUGUUGCUGGAAUCAAGUCUCCCGGAUAUACUCACGGGGAACCCACAGGGUUCCCCGAUAUCACAGAGUAGUGAUGACGGCAAGUCAUCUCCCGAGCAGCCUAGUCCAAACAUGCACACCCUUUCUUCAAGUCCAACUUCAGAAAAUGUUCCAAAUCUAUCUCCGGCAGGUGUAGGAAAUAGUGAACACCAUCCUAGAAUAUCUCUUCUGACUCAUCAUAUAGGAGGGGCAAAUGCUGAUGUGUCUAAUCCGGUUCAACCGGAUCCUUUCAACAUGGGUCUACUCAGAAACGAAAUAAAAACCGAGGCCCUUCAAUCAGAUGUCACCAUGGAAGAAAAAACUGAGCAAGAGUCUCAGGACAUAGAUAUUGCUGAAGGUAGCAGUAGUUAUGCAGGGUUCUUAGCACUUGAUGAAGUUUCUCUUACUUCUGUUAAUGCAUCUCUGGUCCCAUAUUACCAUGGCACCCAACGAAUAAAACUGUUGCACGAGAAUGAUGGUCUGCAACUCUUUUGUCCUUGUUUGAGAGUGCGGUUUGGAGUCAAUGGGAAGUUUCUUAAUCAAGGUGGCUGGCCACGUUUGAGCUUCGUAGUCGAUGCCUCUCCGAGUUUAUGCGAGAUUCUGAAUGCUUGUGACAAUGCUGCCAAAACAAUUUUCGAAGAUUGCAGAAGCAGUUCCGUGUGGAAGCCUAUCGUGGGUAGAAAUUAUCGUUACAUCAACAAUCCGACCGUGAGACUGCACAUACCGACUGUAGCGAACGAUAAUAUCGCUCGCUAUGCUGCUGAGAUUCAUCAGAAGGAUAGCUCCGGUACUGUGCAAAAGCUCGUAUUCAGCAAAUUUGAUGCUGCAGAGCUUGGUAACUUAAUCAGAGGUGGGAUCUUUGUGGAUGCAUUCUUCAGCUUGGAUACUUAUGAUUAUCAGCAGAAUGCGGGCAUCAGAUUGGUGGCCAAAAAACUGGUUAUACAUUCAGAUUAGGGGUGAUUGAUCCAUUUCAGAUUGUUUCCAGAUAUGUACUAGCACUAUUUAUGCUAAAUCUGACUCAUAGAUAUGAGUUGAUUUCUCUCAUUCAUAGCUUCAGAAUGACAUAGGGCACUGAUAAAAAAAAAGAUUGAUAUUGUAAAUUUAUGUAAUUGCAAUUUAAACUGUAAUACUGUAAUAUUACAUGCAGAGUUCACAAAGAGAAAUAGAACAGAUAUUGCUAAUAA